AUGCGGUCUCCAGUGUUGAAGCAAGCAAGCAACCUGGUUGCAAGGGCACCAUUCGCUCUCGACUCUUACAGUCCGCCCAAUUGUAGACUUUAUCACCGCCCGCGGUUAGGAGGCACGCGCCAAGAAGAGGCCUUGCAAACUGCCCUCUCCGCCGUCCGCCAUUCAUCCAGCAAUCAGGCCCGCGAGAGGCAACGGGCAGAAGACAGAGACUUCAUUGUGUCUGUCUUAGAGGCCUCGGCUACUCGUCGUGACGCCAAAGGCUAUCUUCAAAAAUACGCUCCUCAGUCUGGCGAGGAUGGUUCCAAUAGGCGCAAAGUUUCAGAGACGCAAGAGGCGCCUGACCAAACCUAUUCGUCCGUUCGAGUAAUCAACCAGGCACCGAAGUUCAUUCAGGGCACGGAGUUCAAGGCCGAAACCGCUAUUCCAGUAGAUGAACCCAUUAACUUGGCAAUUGUCAAGAUACGGCUUCCUCAGGAUGUUGACGACGAAAUGCUGAGUGCUAUCGCUAAAACCUUGACCCAACUAAGAAAGUUAGGUCUCGUUAGCCUUAUUGUCCUGGAUGAAGGGCGAGCGUCGUCCCGAAAGCUUCUCCGAGAGCAAUCAUGGCGAGUCCAGCAAGCCAUUGAGACAUUUGGCGAGCAGGGUAGCAUCCUGCUUGACCAGUGCAUUGCCGGGGCCGAAUCGCAGACGGCGCAAACAAAGGGCUUCAUGCCAUCGGGUGUUUAUGUCCAGCACCCGCACCUUCUACUACGAGCUCUGCGAGACAAUGCCAUUGUUGUCGUGCCACCAGUCAUCAUGGCACAUAACAUGAAGAGCAUUGACGUGGUGGACGCCGACGAAACUAUCAUUGCGCUCACCAAAUUUUUCUGCGGUCUUCAGUUCAGCGCCUCUGACAGCCCCAUUGGAGCGCCUGACUCCAGUUCCAGCCCUGGUGCCAAGGUUGCUUCAGUCGAAAAGGUCAUCAUUCUGGACCCGGCUGGAGGUACACCUCUGUCUGAUGCGCAUGAUGGCUCGUGUCAUCGAUACAUCAACCUCGACCAAGAAUUUGAGGGCAUCAUGUAUGGCCUUACACACCCUUCAGGAUCGGAAGCACGGCGAGGUAAAUACCCCGAGAAUGUGCGGCAGCUCCACGCCCGGAACCUCGACCUUUCGAAGAAGGUGCUUGCAAUGUUGCCCUCAACUUCUUCUGCCAUCAUCAGCACCCCGUCUGCUGCAGCAAACAAGCCGAUCCAGCAGUUCACCAGUGUCACGACACGUAACCGGCAAAACCCCUUGAUUCAUAACCUCCUGACGGACAAGCCCGUCUUUUCGUCAUCGCUACCGCUCGAUCGGGUCCGCUCCGGAAAAAAGAGCGACAUGAUGUCCGGCGAGACCCAUUUGGCAACUUUAGUCAAACGCGGCAUGCCGCUUACGGUUUAUCCCGAUCCCACAAUCAGUGCCUGGGUUCCUCCUCGGCCAGGCGGCCCGCGCUUGAGGCUCACAGACACCUGUAUAGACAUGCCACGACUGGUCAAUCUUAUCAACGACUCCUUCAAUCGGGAAUUGGACGUUGAGCACUAUCUAGAGCGCGUCAAUGAUAACCUGGCCGGCAUCAUCAUUGCAGGGGAGUACGAAGGCGGAGCGAUCCUGACAUGGGAGAAGCCGUUCGGGUUGGAUGAGGAGACUGCGUAUAAGACAGGACGACUGGUUCCGUACUUGGAUAAGUUUGCGGUUCUCAAAAGUCGCCAAGGAAGCGGCGGAGUCGCUGACGUGGUCUUCAACGCCAUGGUCAGAGGCUGCUUCCCGGAAGGCGUCUGCUGGCGCAGCCGACAAGACAACCCCGUCAAUAAGUGGUAUUUCGAGAGAUCCUUGGGUACAUGGAAACUCAAGGACACUAACUGGACCAUGUUCUGGACUACGGCACAUCUUCCACUGAGCGACCCGAAGCUUUUAGAUUAUGAGAGUGUAUGUCGCCAUAUCGAACCAUCAUGGGCAGACACUAAGCCGCCCGACUAA